UUUGUGAGUGAAGUCAUGAGGUGUUGACGCAGAUCCUACUGCUGUGGUUCUUGAGGGCUACAUAUUCUUCGAAAAUGACGAAGACUGUGUUGAUCACAGGAGCAAGUGGACUGCUGGGAUCGCAAGUGCAAAAUGUCUUCAAUGUAGAUGGCUGGAAAGCUAUCGGCACAGGUCUCACUCGGGCCAGUCCACCAGAGAUCAUCAAAUUAGACAUACUUGACGCGAACGACAUCGAAAGAGUCCUGGACGAAAUCAAGCCUCAAGUUGUGGUGCACUGUGCCGCAAACCGCUUCCCAGACUCGUGCUCCGCCAACCCCUCAGCUGCCCAAGCACUCAACGUAGACUCCAGCGCAGCUCUAGCCUCGGCCGCCAUCUCCCGUGGUAUUUUUCUUAUCUACAUCUCCACAGACUACGUCUUCUCGGGCCGCAAAGGCGAAGCACCGUACUAUCCCACCUCCGCAACUGACCCACCAAACGUCUACGGUCAAACCAAACUCGACGGCGAGAAAGCCGUGCUGAGCGUAGUCGAAAGCAAAAACGCGAAGAACAAGGUCGUCGUGCUACGUGUCCCAGUGCUAUAUGGCAGCGCCAACGACCCCAAAGACUCCGCCGUCAACGUCCUCAUGUCGCAGCUCUGGGAAUCGCAAAAGAUCCAGUCUGGCCAGCCGAAGAUCAAGGUCGACGACUGGGCGCUGCGGUAUCCGACCAAUACUUCUGACGUGGGUCGCGUGUGCCGCGAUCUCGCUACGCUGUACUUGGAUCCUGCCAACAAAGACCGCGAGUUGCCGAGUGUGCUGCAAUUCAGCUCCGAGGAUCGAAUGACGAAGUGGGAGAUUGUCAAGGUCUUUGCGGAGAUUAUGGGCUUGCCACUUGACGGCAUGGAGCCUUUUGUGCCGGAGGACGAACCGGGAGAUGGGGUCAAGCGGCCGUAUGAUUGCCAUCUUGAUACGGGGGCUUUGAAAGACUUGGGAAUAAACGUUGGGACUGUCAAUUUUCAGUUUUGGUGGCGCAAAGAAGUCGGUGCGUUUCGUUAGCAGCAUCUGCGGGGGGCAGUCAAUCUUGGGUACAACAAUGUAUUAGACGUGUGCAACGGACGUUCCAAUUCAAGCUGUUGGGUAUU